AAGAUGCGCCGAAAGACACGUUUCGUCUGUGUCUCUGACACACAUGCUUACACUCCCUCUGAGGCUGGGUUCAAGCUACCAGCUGGAGACGUUUUGAUCCAUGCGGGUGAUCUCACCAACCAUGGUAGCAUGGCUGAGCUUCGUAAGACUAUGGAAUGGAUUUCUGCGGCUGAUUUCGAGGUCAAAAUUGUCAUCUGUGGAAAUCAUGACAUUACGCUAGAUGCCGAUUUCUAUGCCCGCCACGGUUCGAAAUUUCAUGGUCAGCAUCUCGAAGACCCUCGGAAAUGCAUAGAACUUGUCACCGAAGCAUCCUUCCCUUCCAUCGUAUUUCUCAGGCACGAGUCAGCACUAGUCCGGCUGAGGCGGCCCAACGGCCCAAACACCGUCUUCAAAGUCUUUGGCUCUCCAUAUUCCCAAUCGCCAGGGACCUGGGCUUUUGGAUACGACUCCUCGGAAGCUGCUGAGCUUUGGGGCAGAAUUCCAUUGGACAUUGACGUUGUGGUAACGCACACCCCUCCUCACUCACACUGCGACCGUCAUGGAACGGCGGCUGAAUCAGUCGGCUGCAAAGCCCUUCGCGAGGCCUUAAGCAACGUUCGACCGAUGCUGGCCGUAUGUGGCCAUGUGCACGAGUCGCGCGGCUAUGAGAGGGUGAAGUGGUCCUCUUCAUCCAUACCGUCACUGCCUGUCUCAAACACUCACGAUCCGCCAAGUCAAAUCACUCAAGGCUUUCUCCCUCCUCGGGGAAGUAGAAAGCAAAGCCUCGUGGACCUGACAGGAAAAAAGUCAUCGAAGCUAGACAAUGAUGGUUUCUUCGCUGAGCAAGUGGCAACGUCACUCGGAGCACUGUUCCAAUCGACGCAGGAUGUUAUACUAGCCCCAUUGCCUGACCCGUCGCUAGGCUGGACUCAGAAUACUGAAGCCGACCGAUCAGAUUCGAAAUCUGCCCUUUCAUGCCUGAAGAGAGGAGAACAUGACGAUGAGAAUGGGCUUCACUCGCACAGACGCGAGACUUGCAUCAUCAAUGCGGCAAUCAUGGCAGCGAGCUGGCCUUAUCGAGGAGGUAAAAAGUUCAAUACACCCAUUGUGGUUGAUCUAGAACUCCCGACAUGGAAGGAAUGAUGAGCAGCGACUUGAAGCGCACGGGGCUAGAGAUGACGCCUAGCCAUCCUAGAGCACACAAGCAUUACCUCAGCAUAGUAACCUAACUACUGCAUUUUUCUCUCGAAGGUCCUGAUACCAUCUAGCUUCCAGCAAACAGCUUGAGCUUUGACCUCCAGUUUGACGUAUCCCUGGCUGUUUUAGGUUGUAUGCGUCAGUAGUUGCCUUGGAACAAAGAAACUUUUCAGCCUGGGCAGUUGAGUCUGCUCCUUUACCCUUUAGGUAGACGCCUCAACGUGAUUGGGGGCCUGUGAUAAUCACUAAGAAAAUAUUGUGAUUUACAUCAUGAGCUAGUGGCAGCAAGGCGGGGUUUGAGAAGAGUGAUGCUUCAUGGCUCCCUUGCUCGAUGUGCUGG